UUCUGGCCACACGGGGCGCCCGCUCUUCCCCUGCUCGGUUUGUGUUCCGGGUGAUGUUGCUCUUUCCUUCAAGCGGCAGAGCAGAGGAAAGUCAGGGGCUUGUGUGUGUCAACAUCCAGGAUCUUCACCACCACCCCUGGGAGGUGUAGCAUUAUUAUUCCGAAACACGCCGUCGUUACCCUGAAGAGGCAUUUUCUUUUCGUUAAGCCUGCGACCGAAAAGACUGUCCACGACUCUCGCCGCUUUAGUCUCAAUUUAAAAGGAUGACUGGGUUCAAAUAGCGUCUCCAGUUAUUUAAUCAUAUCUGGAGACCUGGCUAGCUUAGUUAGCUGACCUGGUAGUUCGUUUUAGGCCAAGGAAACACGACAAGACGCGCUGCUGACAUGAUGUUUCCUCAAUCCAGGCACUCGGCGUCAUCUCAGUCCAGUCAAGCUCUGAAGUUCACCACGUCUGACUCUUGUGAUCGGAUCAAGGAUGAGUUCCAGUUCCUCCAAGCACAGUACCACAGUUUGAAGUUGGAGUGUGAUAAACUGGCCUCUGAAAAGUCAGAGAUGCAGCGUCAUUACAUCAUGUAUUAUGAAAUGUCCUACGGUCUGAACAUUGAAAUGCACAAACAGGCUGAAAUAGUGAAGAGGCUGAAUGGGAUCUGUGCUCAGGUGCUGCCUUACCUGUCACAGGAGCACCAACAGCAAGUCAUGGGUGCCAUCGAGAGAGCCAAGCAGGUCACACCUCCGGAGAUGAACUCCAUCAUACGGCAACAGCUUCAGGUGCAGCACCUGUCCCAGCUGCAGGGCCUGACCCUGCCAGUGACCCCGCUGCCCCUGGGCCUCACCCCGCCCUCCCUGCCUGCCGUCUCCUCCGGCUCUGGCCUGCUCUCCCUCUCCUCCAUCCUGGCCAACUACUCCCACGGUCAGCCGCAGGCCGCCAAGGAGGACAAGGCCAGAGACGCUGCGGAGCGAGCGCCCAGAGGAGAGGACGGGGACAAGUCCGACUAGCGCACGGCACAGUUGAGGUGGAGGGGAUGAGGGUGGGUGUACGGUGUGGAGUUUCAGAGGAAAGAUUGGCUGUAAGCUGGUGUUGGUGCGGAGCGAGGACACAGCCGAAUCUUUAGGAUGUGCAAAAGAUCCUCAAAGACUGAAACUGGAAGUUAUCGUUCCUGUUAUUUAGUGGUCAUAGACCCAGUUCAAGCAUUAAGAUUUAUAAUAGAUGUUUUUUUUUUUUCUUUUUAGUGUGUAAGCCAUUAUUGUUUGGUCAACCAGUAUAAAUAUCCCAUUUGGAGUGUGAGUCGAGCUUGAAAGGAUAACAGCAGAUUCCUGUGCUCGUGUCUGCUGCAGGUUUAUUUUCCUGAAUUCACUUUGUUUCUUUCUACAACCUGGUUGUGUCUCAGUGGCUGCUGUGUGCCAGUCACAGUAAAUAAGAUACUUCUUCAGUCAUUUUCCCCCUCGUGAUUAGGAAAAUACGUUUUGUCACAUCAGUCCCAGUAUGAAAAAAGUUGUCCGAAGCCGUUUGGUUAAAACAAACGAGCUACUUUUCGAGCCAAAAUAAAGUUUAGUUUGAUGUAAAAAUUAGACGUUUUGAAGUUCUACCUUAUCUGUUCCAGUACACAGUAAAAUACUCAGUUUCCAUUGUAAUGGGCUUAAAGCUGGUGCUGCUUUAAACAGCUUUUAAUGAGCUUGUUAAAGCUCUGAAAACACAUUUGAAUUUAUUUUAAUUAGCUUUUAUGGGUGUAAAUACUAUCAGGCCUGAAAUAGUGUUCUGAGAGCGUGUGACAGCAAAACAAAACAUUAACUUUUUUUAAUAUAUAUAUUUCAACCCUCCUCUUUUUGCCCCAUUUGUCAUAGUGAUGGUCUCAUCUUAGCUAAAACCUGAACAUAAUCUUAUUUUUCUGCCUUCAGGUUUACGCAGUCUUAGAUUAGUGUGACUGUCUGAAAAAAAUGCAGCAGUGUUCAAACUUAGACAACAGAAAAUUGCCGCCCAAGCAAACAUGUCUUUUUGACAAAAUAAAACAACAACAUACAUUAAAACAAACUAUAGUGCACAAAUUGCAGCGAUUCGCCCACCUGUAAACAACCCAAAAUUAAUCCUGAUCUCAGCUCAGGCCUUCAGGAAGUGAACGGUCCGUUUGAAGCUGAAGCUCUGGAACACGUAGGAAAAUAAAGCAGCACAGUGUUGCAGCUUGAUCCAUUCAGACAGAGCUUUAAAACUAAAUCACUGUUUUGGUCACUGAUUUAAAAGUUUAUAAGGACUAGGGCUGCAGAAUAUAUAGAAAGUUUAUCAUCAUCGUGAUAACAGUCUGUGUAAUGUGCAUAUCGCAAAAAACUGCAUAAACUGCAAUAAACGGCUGGAUCAAAAGUUUGCAUUGAAGGGUUUUGUCACUCAGACAGAAGCUUGAAAUAUUUCACCAAUCAAAAGUAUUCAUGUAUUUGGCCAAUUGGAUGGAUCUCUUCAUAGUUAAAAAAAAAUCAUGCUGGAACGGAAAUGAUUAUUUAUGUUUUUCUGUGUUUUUGCUGUAAACCCAGAGCAGAAAGGCAUUACAUACUUACAUCGCAAGUUUUCCUGAUCUCAUUCAACCCUAAUAGGACAUGAAUCAUUGGCUGGGUUUGUGGUGUUUUGGUGGCAGAUUUGCUCGAAAUGUAACGUACCAUCAAGUGUCACGUAAGGAGACAUGUAGUCAGCCAUUUGAUAGACACCCGCACCCCUGAGAAGGGAAAACAAAACUUAAAACAUAAAGCAAAUCUUUAAGCAUGUAUAUUACAAUAUAAUCUCCCAGCAAAAACUGGUAAUUACCUAUAAGUUUUUUUAUUUAUUUUUUUAUUGUCAUCAAAUAAUGAUAUUAAACAGCAGGCGACUCCAGCCACUAUGAAGCGAUUCAUUCAGCUUGUAGUUUCAAGCUGCUCGUUAUACUUUUGGCCACAUGAUGGCGCCAAAUUGGACCUUGUAGAUAAGCUCCUAAUGUAGCCUUUUUAGGCAACAACCUUCAGAAAAGCUUCAUUCUGCUCUGCUCACUACCUUCAGUCACUCGAGGUUUGUGGAGAUGAUCUCAGAAACAGCACUUACAAAAAGCACGUUAUUGGUAAACUUUAACCCUUUCAGCUUGUUCUUUAAUAUACUGACAUGUUUUAAACAUUGACUUUUGUGCUCCAAAUGCGAGCCUCUACAGAUGUGACAGGGUGUGGGGUGGACGGUUGUGGGCCUGUAUGAAAACAUCAUAGAACCAGAAGUUUCGGCUUGAUUUCUCAGUUUGAUGUUAAUUGUUUCCUCCCUCAGUGCAUCACACAAAAGAAUUCAAUUUAAAAAAGAAAAUGGCCAAACAAUUCCUGGAACAGAAAUUUGUGUGUAAAAUGCGCACAUUGCAAUUAUUUUGGCACUUACUUUUUAAAUUUAUUUUUGAAAGUCAGCAAGUGGGAUGUUUGUUGCUUAAAUAAUUGUGGGUUUUUUUUUUUUUUUUUUUUUUUUUGUUUUUUGUUGUAUUUUACCUGCAAAAACAUGAUGCACAUGGGGUUUGUUUGCAUGUCAGGUUGAUUUGGGCAGCAGUGCUCUCUGUCUGAGGAUGAAGUUAGGAAGGGUUGUGUACAGAAAGCAUCUAAAAAUGGGUCCAAAUCAGUCUUUUUGUUUUGUUUUGUUUUCCUCUCUCUCUGUAUUUCUUCUUCACUGUCAACCUUCUGUACUGUAAGUUCUUUCAACUCUGAGCGACUGAGAUCAACGUCAGAAAGUUGUCCUUCAUGUGUUUAAUUUGAGAAGCACUUAAGAUGUGUCUCGGUGCAUUUUUAUCCUUCUAGAGUGGGAUUAGUGGGUGAAAUGUUUGAUUUUGACUUAAUGUGCGAGAACUCCAAACGCAGACGUUAAACUCUUUGGCCAAUCUCAGACAUGUGAAAGGUUCCUGCAUUUUUUUUUUAUUUUAUUUUAUUUUUGCUGUGAAGGGGAAAAUUUGUACACAUGUGGAUAUAUCAAUAUACAUAUUUUUUAAAAGCAUUUUUGUAUGUUUCAAAGCUGCUUUUUAAAUGUGUGCGUAUCAUGAAAGACUGGUGUCGUGAGUGCGAGCAUUACAAGCCUAAAGGCACAAUGUUUGUUUGUUUUCUCUUCUACUCUCUUCCUAGGUUGUAAAAUGUAACAUUCAUUCUAGGUUUGUAUAUGUUUUUACUUUUUAAUUUGUGCUAAACUGUUUUAAAUGUGUUUAUGAACACAUUUUAAAAUACCUUGGACAAAAAAAAUGAUGUAAGCAACUGUGUUACUCGUGAGAAUGAAUCAACCUUUUAGCAGUAAGGAAGCUCCUCUGGUGCCUUACAAAUAAAAGUUGUGAUUAAAAGUGA